AUGAUGACCUCCCUGCUGCUGCACGUGGCAUCCGCUGGCUUUGCUGCCGCCGCUCGCUUGGGAGAGGCGCCGCCGAUGGGCUGGAGGAGCUGGAACGCCUUCCAGCUCGAGGUGGGCGCCGACAAGAUGCAUCGGCAGGCGGUGGCCCUCGCGUCCAGGCUGCCCAGCAAGGGGCCCUCUUUUGGCACGCUGCUCUCCCUGGGCUUCCGCGACGUCGGUGUCGACGACGGCUGGCAGGACUGUGGCGCCGGCUACAAUGGCACCUUCCAUAGCGAAGCUGGCAUCACGCUGGUGAACACUUCCCGCUUCGACAACCUCAGCGACAUGACGAGCAGGGCGCGGAGCUUGGGCGUGAGCAUGGGCUGGUAUCUGAACAAUUGUUGGUGUUCAGAGCUUGGGAGGAUCCCUGGGGGUCAUGGCAACGCUGUGGACGACCUGCGGCUGAUAGUCGGGGCAGGUUUCGCGAGCGUCAAGAUCGAUGGUUGCGGCCCCGCGCACGGCAUGGAGUUGUGGACUGACGCUUUGAAAUAUGUGGGCGCAGAGGGCGCACUGCUGGUUGAGAACUGCGGGAAUAAUAGGAAGCUCGAGGAUGUUUGGUCCCCAGAGGAAGGCUUGCCGUCUGAAGGGAACCCUCUGCCAGUCUGGGUACCAGCCAGCCCCGACGACGUGCGGGGUGAGAAAUGCGAGGGGUUCCAGACGUACCGCGUGUCGAGAGAUAUCUCCCCACAGUUUUUCUCCACCAUGUGGAACUUGCAGCAGAUGCUGCCCUUCCUUGGGGAGGAGCCUCUCUCGCGGCCCGGCUGUUGGGCGUAUCCGGAUAUGUUGCAGGUCGCAAACCAGCUGAGCUUCCAGGAGUCUCGGUCGCAUUUCGGCGCUUGGUGCGUGACCUCGUCGCCAUUGGUGCUUGGGUUCGACCUGACGAACACGACGGUGUUCGACGAGGUCUACUCGAUCGUCGGCAACGAGCUGGCGAUCUCCGUGGACCAGUCCUGGGCGGGCCACCCCGGCCGGCUGGUGAAGCAGUCCCCCGACAGCAUCACGGUGGAGGUGGCGCACACCGCAGAUGCCGCCCUUGCCGACCAGAGCUGCAGGUACCCCGUCGGCAACGUCGACACGUUCGGCACGCCGCGGUGUGAGCGGACGACCCUGCCACGCUGGCAGGUCUGGAGCAAGCCGAUGCCCGAUGCCGCAGUGGCCGUCUUCUUCGUGAACAUCGGCGACGCUCCCUUGGAGAAGAUCAGCGUUUCGCUUGCGGAGCUCACCAUCGACUCGAAGCAGGAGGUGGUCGUGACCGACAUAUGGAAGCAGGAGGCUGGCGUCCAGAGGAUUCCGCCCGGUGGCGAGCUCUCGGUGAGUGGCCUGCCAAGUCACGACAGCGCUUUCUUUCUCCUCGAGCCGGUGGUUAAGUACGACAUGGGUCGGACUGUCGCGGUGUAG